UUAUAAAUGACACUCAACUGAAAGGAGCCAAAUUGAAGCACCACAAACAGAGCUGCACCAGUGUGUCGUCGCCUACUGCGGUUUCUGCUCUAUUUAACAAACAGUGGAGGACCACGGAAAGAUGGACUAAAUCUUCAGAAUAAAGCCUGUGUAAAUCGUGUGUCUGCCACCUCUACCACCUCUCUCUGGAUGGAUACCAGAUCUGCCUCCGCUUCUCCCUCUGUGGUGGCUAGUCCUUCCUCCUUGUGGCGUCUGGCCGAGCGGAGGAACAGGAAGUCUGGCUCAGGAAACAUUUUCAGCACCGUGAACCUGUGGCAGCUCCAGAGGUUGUUUAGGGCAGCUGGAGAUGAGGAUGCCGAGCAGAGGGCCCAGCUCGUCUGGGGACACAGAGACGAGGCUGAACUCGCUAAGGCCUUAGUAGCGCUUCGGAGUCAAGGUCACCGCAGAGCGCUGAGGACCAAUGGAAGAGAUGCGAUGGGCUCUCACUGGCUGCGAGCCUUCAAUAACCUCAGGAUUGGAGAGACCUCUCCGAGGAGACAGGGAAAAGAUGCUGGCGAGGACAGGGAUUUUAGAGCCGAGACAAAGAGAAGUCUAGAGUUCUACAGACACUCCUCAUUUGAAGCGACUUCAGGAGAGAUUGGUGCAGAAUCAGUGCUAACUGAGAUACAAAACCCUAAUGGAAACUUUGACAGAGCGACUACAACCAGCUCAGGACUGAGGAGAAUAGGAGAAAGUAAUCCAGAGAGAUACCUGCACCGAAUACUUCACUGAGAAACAAAGAACAAGAAAAAGUCAAG